AUGGAUAAGCUUGUGGCCCAAUAUUCACGUCCUCUUCAUCAGAAUGAGAUCUACAACGAGCAAGAACAGGAGGACCUCUCUGCGAGCGUCCCUCCUCUCUCACUGAAGUUCUCCCUUCCUCCUGUCGACAACCGAUCUGCUUUCCUGCGUGCCAUGACCGAUGACCACUCCAACCCCAGCGCCCCCAUCAAGCUCGCCCACGGAACAACAACCCUGGCCUUCCGAUUCCAGGGCGGUAUCAUUGUGUGUACCGAUUCUCGAGCCACAGCCGGCAACUGGAUUGCCAGUCAGACAGUCAAGAAAGUUAUUCCCGUAUCGCGUUUGAGUCGCGGUGAAGACAAGCCAUCAAAUGAACCCACGCCGGGUCUUUUGGGAACCAUGGCCGGUGGUGCGGCUGAUUGUCAAUAUUGGUUGCGGUACUUGAGUCAGCAGUGCACUUUGCACGAAAUCCGACACAAGCGCCGUAUUACUGUUGCGGCCGCCUCGAAGAUUCUCGCCAACCUCACCUACGCUUACAAGGGAUACGGACUUAGCAUGGGAACCAUGUUAGCAGGAGUGACGCCCCAAGAAGGACCCGCUCUCUACUACAUCGACUCCGAUGGCACUCGCCUCCCCGGUAACUUGUUUUGUGUUGGAUCUGGUCAGACUUUCGCCUAUGGUGUGCUGGAUGCCGAGUACCGCUACGAUUUGACCGAGGAGGAAGCAUUGAACCUGGGUCGCCGAUCUAUUCUGGCUGCUAUGCACCGUGAUGCCUACUCCGGUGGAUUCAUCAACUUGUACCACGUCAAGGAAGAAGGAUGGGUGCACCACGGCUUCGACGACAUGAACCCUAUCUUCUGGAAGACAAAGCUUGACAAGGGCGAGUUCUCCAACGUGACAUCGGAGCUGUGA